ACAAAUAUGAAUAGUAACAAUUUGUGAGCAAAAGCUUCAACAUCAGUUCAAAAUCAAAUUUGAUUUUAUAUAGAUUAUUUUAGUCGUGUGCUCCAGACGUGUGCCUAGUGGUUUAAAGUGCAAAUAAUAAUAAAAAAAUUAAUGCUUUAAAGGAUUGAAGAAAUAAUAUUAUAAUUAAAAUUUUAAAAUAAAUAGAUCCUUUUAUAAAAAUCAAUAAAAGGAUCAAAAAUGACCAGUGCCAUUGAUAAAGGACCCUUUUUGGGUAUGCGCCACAUGCAGGCUUUACUCAUUUUUCUAAAUAUUACUGUGGUCUAUAUAAGUCGUCUGAAUAUUGGUGUCGCUGUGGUAGCCAUGACAAAUGCCGAAACUACAAAUCCCGAUUUUCCGGAAUUUGAUUGGAACGAGAAGGAAGUUUCUUAUAUAAUAUCCAGUUUUUAUUGGGGCUAUGUGACGACUCAAUUUCCUGGUGGAGCUUUAUCUAGACGUUUUGGUGCCAAAAUAGUUAUGCAAAUCUCAACAUUAACCUCGGCUGUAAUGAGUGCCUUAACACCUUGGUGUGUUACCUGGGGCGGUUGGCAAGCAUUUUGUGUUUUACGUAUUAUCAUGGGUAUAUGUCAGGGUGCUCUGUUCCCCUGUAUACAUGAGCAUUUGGCUAAAUGGUCACCCACGCAGGAGCGCAGUCGUUUGGGUGCUUUAGCUCAUACUGGUAUAGAAUGUGGUACAGUUUUGGCUUUGGGUAUGAGUGGUCUGAUAGCUGAAGGUCCUUUAGGUUGGCCGGGCAUUUCCUAUGUCUCGGCUGGCUUGUGUUUUGGUUGGUGUGUCUUAUGGUGGAUUUUUGCUGCCAACAAUGCCACAGAAUCGAAAUUUAUCUCUAAACUGGAAACUCACUAUAUCGAAUCAUCCCUAGAACAUUCGGAAGAUUUUCAUAAAAACAAGAUACCAGUACCCUGGAAAUCUAUAUGGUUGUCGGUGCCCUUCAUGGCCUUACUGUUGGCGCGUUGUGCCGAAGGUUAUGGCCUAAGUAUUUUACAAACACAAAUUCCUUCCUAUAUGAAUGGGGUCUUGAGUAUGCAGAUUAAAAGUAAUGCCCUCUUUUCGGCCUUACCCUUCCUGGCCAUGUGGGGCAUGUCGUAUGUAUAUGUUAUAGUGGCGGAUGUAUUGCAAAGCAAAAAGUUACUUAGUCUCACCGCAAUACGUAAAUCCAUUAAUACGGUGGCUUUUUGGGUACCAGCAGCUGGUUUGAUUGGUAUAGGUUUCCUGGAUGAAAACAAUAAAACCUGGGCCAUAGUCUUAAUGACACUAUUGGUGGGUGUUAAUAGUGGUGCCACUUUAGGUAGUUCCUUAAAUACCAUAGAUCUAUCGCCAAAUCAUGCUGGCAUAUUAAUGGGUAUAGUUAAUACUAUAGCGAAUUUCUUGCCUUUGAUCUCACCUUUGGUAGUGGGUGUUAUUGUCACCGAUUCGAAAAAUCGCUCCCAAUGGCAACUAGUUUUCAUCAUUGCUGCUGUGAUCUUCUUUUUCGGCAAUUUAGUUUAUAUAAUUUUUGGCACCGCUCAAGCCCAACCUUGGGAUGCUGAAGAUUUCCUAAUGCCUAAAGAUACUGAAAGUUCCUCUAACAAAGAUUCGGAGGCUACAACUGCCGAAGUUGGAGUUGAUAAUAAGGCCUUUGAGACCAAAGAAACUAAUUUUAAAUAAUUUUACUCAUAGGUAUUAGUUUUAGAAUUUAAAUUGUUAAUUUAGAAAUAAAAUGUGAUGUAUAUAGAAAACGAUUUAUAAGAGUAAUAUAAAACAAAUAUGUACCUAUUAUUUUUAAUCCGAUCUAAUCAAUAUCUAUUAUAAUCUGUUAAUGGAUUGUUAAUUAAGCCGAAUGGAAGCUUCAUACAGCUUCCAAUUUUCGAAAUUUGUAAAAAGUAAUAAUCGACGAUAAGGCUCAUAUAAAAUUUUACAUCCCUGACUACCGCUAACUUUAUUUGUUACGUGUGUUCUUGCUCUACUUAGUUUUUUAAAAACAACACAAACUAAGUAAAACAAACAUUCAACAAACAUAAGCACAGGCAUGCCGACAAACGGACAGACAGACAGAAAUUUAAUAUACUGUUAGCUGGUAAAAUACAUUUUAAAUAAAAAAUUAUUAGAAUAACUUUAGAUCACUGUUAUGAUCACAAUAUUUUGACAUCGCCUUAAAAUAUGUUUUAAAUUUUAUUUAAACAAAUAAUGUUCUUAAGAA